AAUAGUAAUAAAUCUAUUAAAUAAGUAAUUAUUGAGUAUAAUAAUGGCACAAAAAAGAUAGAGAAAUAAUUAAAUUAUAGUUGAUGCACGAAUACCGAACAGAAUAAUUAAAGAAAAUGAAGACAACAAAAAUACUUAUUUGGUUUCUUAUGGUAAUAAUUAUGUUGUGGAAGACAAAAACUACAUGGAAGUCAAUUAUCCAGAAUUAGUAGAGGAUUAUAAUUUGUUUAUUACAACAGGUGAAAGAUAUGAUUAAGAAUUUCUAUAAUAAAAGGCUCUGCAAUUUGCAUUAUUUUAAAUACAGGAGAAUCCAAUUAUAGAAUAAAAAUUAUUAGACAAAAAUAAAAAAGUCUAGUCUAAACAAUAGAGAAAAUAGACAAUACGAUAUAAAUGUUUGAAUUUUCUUGAUAUUUAAAUAAAUUCAUCAAUGAAAGAUAAAAAGUUAGCAAUCAAGAUGAAAGCAAAUGAUGGUAAAAUUACUAAUUUUCCAAGUAUGGAAAAGUUAAUAAAAAUAACUCAUGAAUUAUAAACAAUAGGAUACACUUAAGAUGAAUUAAUAGUAAGUUUUACACUUAAGAAUCAUCAGGAAUGUAUAGAGGAUAAUUCUGUUAUAAUAAAUGAUAGUCAAAUAGAUAAAAAUGUUAAGAUGAACGAUUGA